CACUAUAGCGAGAAGCAACAGGACCGCUGGUUGCUGUCUGCGGGGAUGAUUCCUGUUUCUAUGAUUCUGCCCAAUCCCUCCCCGACGGCGCCGCGAUCUCUCUGUGUUAGCGCGAGAGAGGCUGGUGGUGUCUCCCAUUUAUUUUUUCCCAAGGCCUUCGUGCAUGCAGCGGCACUAAUCCCAUGAUACCUGUUCAUGUGUACAACAUUACCGCAUUACAUUCGUACUGCACCAAAACCAACUAUCGGGACUAGCAACAGCCGCUGGAACGUUUAUCGUGCAUGUCACUGGUGUCACAGUGUUGUGUACUGUGAUGAUGAACAAAAUUCCCAUUCUACUCCGAUCCCUCCGUCGGCUGGUUUUGCACGGCAUUUGUCGAGGAUCAAUAUGCUUCCCAUUCGCUUCCCUGUGUGUACCGAGCGUUAUGUGUGUACGCCAACCUUGAUUUUCUCACCAUAAUAACAUAACAGAUUGGAUUGCUUAUAUUUUCUUAUCAAUCCACCAUCGUGUACACUGGAUGAAUGCUGCUUUAUUUUGACGUCCGUCCUGUAUGCUGCCUAUCUGUGUCAUGAGUUCUGGCUCAAGGAACCGGAUGGUCACUUUCAGCACAUGGAACGUAAUGUCCGUGUUUGACCAGCGAAUGGAACAGCGCAUUUCGUCGUAUUGCUAGAGUUUUGAUGUACCGCCUGUGCGCUACUAGAAAACUUCCUCUUGGGAAACAUACCAUUGCCGGAUUGAUGAGCCCGUGACCGGCAGGAUAAGUGCAAAAACAGUUAGGCGUCGUGUUUGUUUGGGCCUUGGAGUAAUAAAAUAAUCCUGAGGGCCAAUGUUUAUCAAAGUGAGGGGAAUGAUGCAUCAGCUGACGAUAAUUCAGCUCAUGUCGACGGAUGGCAUUCGUUUUUUUCCCACGUAAUUUAACUACAAUGCCCUGCGAUCGCGAUAACGACGACGGCACUGUGGGCUCUGCAACAGUGUACUGAAAAUGAAGUCUGACGGGAAACAGUAAAGCGGAUCGAUUGAUUUCCGGUCCGAUUUGCAUCCUUCCAUCCAUCAUAAUUACGCCGCUUAGCUGUUAGGACUGCCGACGUAUCGGAAGUGUCAGGAGUCGGUCUAGUUCACUGCUAAUAAGCGGCCCUCCUGUACACUGUCACUCGGCCGGGUUAGCGCGGUGUGCAUCUAACAGGCAUGGCUGGUUUCGCACCGGUUCCAGGUUCCGGUGGACUUCCGUCGCCCACUGUCACCCCUCAUGUGCCCGACGCGUGGGUGUGUCCUGAUGAUCGACAGCUGGCUUUACGCGGAAGAUUAAAGGCGGGAUGGUCUGUACAUUCUAAUAAAGCAUCAGCGCCUGCCAAGAAAUCCGUGCCGGCACCCUUGACUUAUGAGGAGCAGGAGGCAAUCUUGUCAGUAAUCCGUCGCGCCGAAGCCAUGGAACAGCAGGAACAAGAGCGCAUCGGAAAAUUGGUGGAUCGACUGGAUAAUUUGAAGAAACUGACGGCUGGCAAUGGGAUCACGCACUGUGCAUUCUGCGGGCGUGAGUUUGGACGCGUGCUGGGCGGAUCACCGCAGACAUGCAAAGACUGUGGUCAGGCAGUGUGCUCAAAGUGCGGCGUCGACACGUCGGAUACACGGAAGCGUUCCAUCUGGUUGUGCAAAGUAUGCAGUGAGGCUCGGGAAGUGUGGAAGAAGUCGGGGGCGUGGUUUUUUAAAGGAAUACCCAAGCACAUCAUGCCCGAGAAGAACGACAACGGAACGCUGGGUAAUACCAACAAACGGGUUAGUGGUCCCGGCGAGAUCAAGCCCUCGCCCACGGUGACCACCGCCAUUGAGGUCAGCUCCCCGUCACGCUCACCAUCCACUGCGCAUCUCACCCAGUCGCCGCCCAAAACGCCGCUGUUGACCGCGUCGGAAGCGGCAUCCCGCCGGCCGUCCAUCAGCAUGAUGUGGUCCUUUAUGACCAAUCGCUCCAAAGAUGAAACACCCGGUCCACCACCGCCCUCACCCGCGCCCACUUCCAUGCAGGCCAUGUCCGGGCCGGGUGGUAAGCCAGCGCACAUCCUAGCGGAUACGGAUCAGGAAGAGACGGUGGUCAUUCAUCGAACGUUUAGUCGACGGCGGCAUCAGACCGAUACCGAUAGCGAAUCGGGAAUGUCCGCUCGCGGCAGCAUCGAUAGCACCACAUCGGAUGCGUCGAAAUCCUUUGGUGAUCACGACUCGGGCUCAUUCCGGAUGAAGGACUCAUCGGGGUCAUUUCGUAUGCGCAUGCGAAGUAAAACCGAAACGGUAGCCACUCUUUCUCGGCCGGUCACCACACCACCCGCUCCGAACUCGAACACGUCUCCACCGCGGAAUCGCGGAGAGUCGUUUAAUGUGCCAGUAUCCACCCCCGAGCGACGUCAGGACGCCCUGGCUCCCACGGUCACGCCCAUCACACCACAGCCGUCGCCUUCUCCCACGCCCACGCCCGUCCGGACUCGAUCGCUCAAGCAGCCUAAGCGCAGCGUCGAUUUCAGCAGUUCGGCUUCCAGCCAUGCUUCCAACCGAACCACUCAGAAUGGCAUCGAUAUGGAUGAACAGUCUACCAGUUUUGUUGAAUCUCCGGAAGAUGACCUCACAUCGCUGGGAUAUUUGGAAUUUGACCUCAUGUACAACGCAACGCAGUGUACACUCCAGUGCAGAAUUAUUCGUGCACGUAAUUUAAAAGCCAUGGACCGCAAUGGGUUGUCGGAUCCAUACGUAAAACUACACUUGCUCCCCGGUGCCAGCAAGUCCAACAAACAACGAACGCACACGAUCAACAAGACGCUCAACCCGGUGUUCAACGAAACACUGACGUACUAUGGUAUGACGGAUGACGAUAUGGCGCGCAAAAUUCUUCGCCUUGCCGUAUUGGAUGAGGAUACGUUUGGGCACGAUUUCAUCGGGGAAACCCGGGUGCCGCUGAAACGACUGAUGUCCACUUCCAUGGAGUGGAAACAUUUCGAUGUGGUACUGGAGAAACGAAUCCCGGUGGCCGAUAAGGGGGAUGAACUGCUGGAAGAACGGGGGAGAAUCCUAAUUCGGCUGAUGUAUUCGGUGAAACGACAGGCUCUGGUGGUGGGAAUUGUUCGUUGUGCCGGACUGCCGGCCAUGGAUCGGGAUGGGUUUAGCGAUCCUUACGUUAAAAUAUACUUAAAACCCGAUCCGCUAAAGAAAACUAAGAACAAAACCGGAGUAAAGAAACACACACUGAAUCCGGAAUAUAAUGAGGAGUUUACCUAUCCAAUCAAACUGGGCGAUCUGUUGAAGAAGACCUUAGAAAUUACCGUGUGGGAUAAAGAUUUCGCUAAAACCAGCGAUUUUAUUGGUGGCGUGCAAAUGGGCAUAAAUUCCAAAGGUGAGAAGCUGAAACACUGGUAUGAAAUGCUGCGCAAUCCCGAUACAAAAUAUGAAAAAUGGCAUGGUUUGGUGGAUGAAGAAUUUCUAGAAUCCUGCUAAUGCUGCUGCUCACUACGUUUUGAUCUCUUAGUACACUUCUUGUUUACAGUCAGGUUCUCGCAUCGUUUUCGGUGUGAGUUAUGCUUGUGAUCAGGUAUUUUUUCAUUGCAGCUAAAUAGUAAUUAUUAUGUAAUUUGUAAAUCUUUAAUUGUCUUGUGUGAGCUAUUUGCCGUCCAGCUUCCUGUUACAUACCGCAGAAAAUGGCUUGGUGAUGUACGCAGAUAACGAUGUGCCGUUAUAAUUCUGCGUACUGCGCGCUCAUCAAGCUCGCGAUCCGCAUCGGUGCAAUCAUGCAAAAAGAACAACCAUAAACCGAUG